AUGAUCCGCGUGUGGCGGACCUCCGGUGAGGAAGUCACAACCGUCUCACCGGAGCAACUGGCGGAGCUGGUCGGUGAGGGCGGAAGACCAGUGGUGGCCAUGAAGAGAUACUUGCAGAGCUUUUGUGGCCAGCCGCGCUUUCGCCAGCGGCUCAUUCUCGAGAGCGGCGUGGCUCUGGAGGAUGACGCCGAUCUCGAGGGCUCAGCAGAACUUCAGCUGGUGCUGCUGCCUCUCCGAAAUAGCACUAAGGCGCUGUGCAAGGAGUUCAUCAAGGCCGUGAGCAAGAACUCCGUCCAGAAGGUGGAACAGCUCCUCAACUCCCCAGUCGAUCCGAACCUCCGGGAUCCCCGAGAGGGCUCGGCGACGCCGUUGUGUCUGACGUGCCACCACGGUUUCCUAGAGGUCACGCGGCUCCUGCUCGAAGCGCAGGCAAACCCAGACACGUGCCUGGCAGAUGGCGCAGGCACCUUAUUCCUGGCCUGUCGCGGGGAUCACCUUGACACGGUUAAGCUUCUGCUGGAACAUCGGACGUCACCCGACCUCCCAGAGCAUGGUCAGGCCAUCCCGCUGAUCGUUGCAGCCUCCAUGGGCACAGUGGAGGCUUCCCGCCUGCUGCUGGAGGCGAGGGCGGACCCUACCAAGAAGAGCGACCGCGAGGGCGCUUUCUUCAAGGCCGCCGCAGCUGGGUCGAUGGAGAUGGUGAAGAUGAUGCUUGAGUUCGACCUGGACAAGGCAGAGGCCCUCCUUGCGGCCGCGAGCCGGAAUCAAACCGAGGUGGCUUCCCUGGUGCUGGAGGCCAGGGCAGACCCCAACAAGGCCUACGACGUCACCGGAACGACGCCGCUGGCGCUUGCAGCCAAGGAAGGCCACAUGGAAGCUUCGCGUCUUUUGCUGCGCGCAAGAGCAGACCUGAACCUCCCAACGCCCCAUGGCGUGACGCCGUUGGUGGCCGCCUGCGCUUUUGGCAGCUUUUCCACUGCCGAGCUGCUCAUGGAGAACCUCGCGGAUCUCAAUAUGCCUGCCAGCAACGGCACGUCUCCGCUUCUGGGGGCGUGCAAGUACAGGAGCCUUUCGAUCGUGCGCCGGCUGCUCCUUCAAGGGGCCAAGAUUCACCAAGCCAGCCCCACGGGGGAGACGCCGCUCUUCGUUGCUUGCCAGAGCGGCAGCUUGCCGAUCAUCCGGGAGCUGCUGGAACAAAAGGCAGACAAGAACAUGGCCAACAAUCAGGGCGUGACGCCUCUGCAGUACGCAUCCGAGAAAGGCCUCGACGAGGUCAUUCGACUCUUAGAGGAGGCUCAUGUCAUGGACGAGGGCUCGCCUGGUGAGCUCAGCUCUGCUGGGUAUCGGGCUACACCCUAA